AUGAUCCGGCUUCUUCAGGCGGCCGCAAUCAGCUGCGCUCUGGUUGUCGGUAUGAGCAAUGCAGCUGGCGCUGGCACCAAGGCGGAGUAUGAUUCUGGCGAAGUUCAUCACCGCAUCAUGGGAAUCAAGAUGGCUCAAUGGGAGGCUGAGAUUGCCGCCGGUGACAUGGACAGUUCCAAAUACCCCGAGCUCAGCUACACCCCGUGUGUAGAUGGAUUCGCUGCAGCGAUCCCCGGAGACCCGCACAAUACCUUUAGGUGCCGUAACAUUGACUUGUAUCACUUCCUCUCACACGAGGCUCUGGGGAGCUGGGGAGGACGUGGUUCUUCCUCUUGGGGCUGGACCUCUGAAGACGGCAGGGAAUUCGUGGCCAUCGGGCAGUACGACGGCACUGCGUUUGCUGAGAUCUCAAAAGACGGCAAGCUCAUCUAUGUUGGCCGUCUGCCGCAGUAUGAUCGAAUCGGAUCACAGUGGAGAGAGAUCCGUAUUGUGGGCGACAUCGCCGUCAUUGGCUCCGAAGCUAUCCGCCAUGGGGUGCAGUUCUUCGACAUGAAGAAGGUCCUCAAUCUCGACCCUGCCAACCCGAAGAACUUCACACAGGAUGAGCUCACUGGGCACUGGGAUGAGCUUCCUGUUGGUCGCACUCACAACAUUGUUGUCAACCACGAGCUGAAUUAUGCCAUUGCCUGUGGCUCCGUAGGCGGAAAUGAGACAAUCCGCGUACGAGGAGACCUCCCUUGCCGUGGGGGCCUGAUAUUCCUCGACAUCAGUGAUCCCACAAACGUCACCAGCCCGGGUUGCGCUGCCGGAGAUGGCUACGUACAUGACGCUGAAUGCCUCGUCUACCGUGGACCUGACGAACGAUAUGUUGGACGGGAUAUCUGCUAUGGGUACAACGAGGAUACAUUGACCAUCUACGAUGUUACCGACAAGAAUGGCAACGUCACCAACAUCAUUUCCAUUACCGAUUAUCCGGGAGCCCAGUAUGUGCACCAAGGAGUCGUCAACAAUGAGACUUGGCAGGAGUAUCUCUUCAUCGACGACGAAUUUGACGAACGCGACGCCAAGGUUGGUCCCAUGACACAGGGGCUUCCCACAACACACAUCAUGGACAUUCGUAACCUCGAAGCACCUGUGUAUGUCGGCAAUUAUGCAGGAAAGACGAGGUCUAUUGAUCACAAUCAGUACAUGGUCAACGGCUACCUUUACCAGUCAAACUACGGAAAUGGGUUGAACGUGCUCGAUGUCAGCAGCGUGACCAAAGACCCCAGCGGCAACGGUAUCUGCGAAGCCGGUUUUUUCGACAUAUAUCCCGAAGACGACGAGAACGAAGGCGGUGGAACAGUCGCGUUCUUGGGGUCCUGGUCAUCUUACGCCAAUUUCAAGUCCGGGUUCAUCUUCGUCCACACCAUUGAACGCGGCAGCUUUGUGGUGAAGAUGACUUCUAAAGAAUGUCCGAAAGCACCUGUAUGCAACGCAGACAAUUGCCUCCGCGCCUUGCGUGCCUCGCACAUUCCUGAUCGUUUGGAGGAGUCUGGCGAGUUCUGUGGUAAUUUCACUCAGCGCUUAAACACCGAUGAGAGUUUGGUUCCGGGAUAUGCGACUGAGGCCUGCGGCGGCGAGAACAAGGAGGUGGUUUCGCGGGUCAGCAGUGCAUGCGCAUGUAUUCCGACACCUGCUGUUCCGGAACUGCCGCGGACUACUACACGUCCGCCUGUUCCGACGGUGCUGCCGCCGAGAAAAGAAUAG